AUGGAUUCUUCAUCACAGUGUCCACCCUUUGAAUUUUCUAGCAAGUACUAUCAUGUGUCUGAAAAUGGAGGUGGAUGUGUGAGACAAACAAGUUUCUUUGAAGGCAAACCUCUUCUUAACCAAGGAGUUGGAUAUUCAAUCAUUCUUGGUUUUGGUGCUUUCUUUGCUCUCUUUACUUCUUUCUUGGUAUGGCUGGAGAAGAGGUAUGUCGGGUCACGCCACACCUCUGAAUGGUUCAAUACAGCAGGAAGAAAUGUUAAGACAGGACUCAUUGCUAGUGUCAUUGUGUCUCAGUGGACUUGGGCUGCUACAAUCCUGCAAAGCUCUAAUGUUGCUUGGGAGUAUGGAGUUAGUGGACCUUUCUGGUAUGCUAGUGGAGCCACCAUCCAAGUGAUGUUAUUUGGAAUUAUGGCUAUAGAGAUUAAAAGAAAGGCUCCUUAUGCUCAUACCGUGUGCGAAAUUGUCAAAGCUCGAUGGGGGACUUCAGCACACAUCGUAUUCCUCUUCUUCUGUUUCAUGACGAAUAUAAUCGUAACGGCGAUGUUACUUCUUGGUGGUUCUGCUGUUGUAAAUGCAUUAACUGGAGUCAACAUUUAUGCUGCUAGCUUUCUAAUACCACUUGGAGUAAUUGUCUAUACACUAGCUGGUGGAUUAAAGGCCACAUUCUUAGCAAGCUAUAUACAUUCUGUCAUAGUGCACAUUGUUUUGGUCAUUUUUGUCUACCUUGUCUAUACUUCUAGCAGUGAGCUUGGUAGUCCGAGUGUCGUUUACAAUCGGUUGCUCGAGGUUGCGAGCAAAUCGAGAGCAUGUCAAGAUCCAAUAUCACACCAUGGACAAUCUUGUGGUCCUGUUAGUGGCAAUCACAAAGGCUCUUACUUAACAAUGCUUAGUUCAGGUGGCUUAGUUUUUGGAAUUAUAAACAUUGUUGGCAACUUUGGCACUGUGUUUGUCGACAAUGGAUAUUGGGUGAGUGCUAUUGCAGCAAGACCUUCAUCAACUCAUAAGGGCUACUUGUUGGGAGGCUUGGUCUGGUUUGCAGUGCCGUUUUCUUUGGCUACCGCACUUGGUUUGGGAGCACUAGCGCUUGAUUUACCACUAAAUGAAAGUGAAGCAGGUCGCGGACUUGUUCCCCCGGCUACUGCUGUAGCUUUGAUGGGGAAAGGUGGAUCAGUUCUUCUUCUUACCAUGCUUUUUAUGGCAGUGACUUCUGCUGGUUCAUCAGAGCUAAUUGCUGUAUCCUCAUUAUGCACAUAUGAUAUUUAUAGAACUUACAUAAACCCUAAUGCAAGUGGAAAGAAAAUCCUCAAAGUAUCAAGAGGAGUUGUCCUAGGAUUUGGAUGUUUCAUGGGAAUGUUAGCAGUUAUACUAAACAAAGCAGGAGUUUCUUUAGGAUGGAUGUACCUUGCAAUGGGAGUUUUGAUUGGUUCAGCAGUUAUUCCUAUUGCUUUCAUGCUUCUAUGGAGAAAAGCAAAUGCGAUCGGAGCCAUUUUAGGAACAAUAUUCGGUUGCGUUCUUGGAAUAAUCACAUGGUUGUCUGUUACAAAAAUAGAGUAUGGAAAGAUAAACCUCGAUACAAGUGGAAGAAAUGCACCAAUGCUUGCUGGAAACCUUGUUUCUAUAUUAACCGGCGGAGGUGUUCAUGCUGUAUGUAGCAUGUUGUGGCCUCAGAACUAUGAUUGGAGUACUACUAAGCAAAUUACUGUGGUUGAAAAGGAAAAAACUGAUUUGCCUGUGGAAGAGUUUAAAGAAGAAAAGUUAAUAAAGGCUAAAGUAUGGAUUGUGAAGUGGGGUGUUGGUUUUACUGUUUUGAUAGUUAUACUAUGGCCUAUUCUAUCCCUCCCAGCAGGGGAGUUCAGCAAAGGAUACUUCUAUUUUUGGGCAGUAAUUGCUAUAGGAUGGGGAACUAUAGGUUCUGCUGUGAUAAUUGCUUUACCAAUUAUAGAGAGCUGGGAUACCAUCCAAACUGUCAUUCAAGGAAUAUUUACAAAUGACAGACUCAUGGAAAAGAUGGAUGAGUUAAAUUUCAAGUUGCAUACAAUCAUACAGUCAGUUCCAGAAGCUGAGAGACUUUACUUGCUUGGGAAGGAAAAAGCCAAAAAAUCAGAAGCCUCAGAACAACAAUCUUUUUCACUUCCUAACUAA